AUGACACUGGAAGUUGUGAAAGUGCAGUUUAAAGGUGAUGUUGACCAUUCACAUCAGCUUGAUUUAGGCAUGAAUAAGGAAGAUAAUGGUUUGAAGUUAGUAAAUACUUAUAAAAAUUCAGUAAUUCCAAAUGUUGAAGAAGUACAAUCAGACAUGAACAAAGAAAAUGACAAUCAACAUCAGGAAAAUACACCAAUGGAUUUAUAUACCGAUCACGACUUUGUGAUUGAAUCAAAUAAGGAAAUAACAAAUGCAUUAGGAGUUAACCAUAGCGCUGUUUCGGGUAUAAUCAGUAUUGGAUGUGGCCGAGCAAACCUAAACGAACUAGCAGCUUCUAUUAAUUUGCCUCUUAUUAGCAAAUGUUAUGACGACUUGUAUAACUGGUGGAAGACCACAGCUGAAUCUUCCAUGAUUGAAGCCGGUAAGGAUGAAGCUAGUAUGGCUUUGGAAAAAGGGAGUGUGAGUCCUUCAGGCAUACCUUCCAUAUCGGUGACAGCUGAUGGUGCAUGA